AAGCGGUGUCCGUGGCAACAGCACAGGAAGUGGCGCGCAACUGUUGAAAAACUGUCACACAACGACCGAGGGAGAUUGUGUACUGUUUAACUUCGUCAACCUCAAAGCCAAAGUGGAAGAAUUUUAAACAGCCUGAAACGCUGUUCUUAUAACAAACCGUGGCUUCAUAGCGUAAAAUAUGUCGUUUGUGAGACAACACAACAAAGGAAAAAGGCCUGUUCGGCCCAAAAAGGCAGCAGCUCCCAAAAGAGAGUGGGUGAGCACUGUGAAUGACCUGUCUGUGCACAAGCUGACACCUGUGGAGCUGAGUCAUCGCCAUGAGAUUCACAAGUCCCACAACAAGGGUGCAGCAGAGUGGGAGCUCAGAGAGAAAGCUCUGAAACACCAUCUCAAACAUACUGCGGGUCCUGUACCUCUGGACCAGGCUAGCCUCAGCACCAUCAGGGAGGUUUUCUCUGACCAGCUGCUGCUGCAGGAUGUGCUGGCCCGCUCUGACAGAGCAAUGGCCUUGGUCAAGGACCUGUUUGGAGAUGCUCCACGCAGGCAAACUGGACAUCCCAGUGUGACCAUGGCUCCAAACUGUGACUCUGACUCAGAACUGCCUGUUCUCCAGAGACAAGAUCCUCCCACUCAGCUGUCACUGCUCAGCCAGUCUAUGAUGGAUCAGCAGGCUCUUAAUGAACUUGAAGCUUCAGAGGAAGACCAAAGUGACGAAGACGCCUAUCCUUCUGGCAGUCCAGAGUAUCACAUCAUCCGAAGGGCCAUUGUACAAAAAAUGAAGGCACAGUCCCGGGGUAGAGUUAUAAGGCAGCGGAAAGUCCAUCAUCCCAUCUCUGUCCAGGGAAACGGAGAUAGUGUUCCUUUAACCCCCUGCACAUCAGGCAGAGCACCAGAACAAACAGCUCUAAAUGCCACAGUGGCUGUUCAGCGUGUUCGGACCAGACAGAGCCAGUUAGAGGAGGCAAAGGAGGAACCAUCUGUCCUGGUUACUCAGGUCCUGAAUCCUGACAUGCCUCUCAACCAGUCAGGAAGGAUCAGUAGUCGAAACAGCAGGACACGGAAGGGUACUUCUCAGAGAUCAGAGAUGGAUGGCCCCUCUGUUGCCUCUCUCAGUGGGGACCAGUCUAGUCUAGGCCUGCUGCAGGCCAUGUUAGGUCAGGUGGAGGAAGACUUAGAUAUUCUGUGUCCUGACACAGUAUCAGGGUCAGCACAGAGUCCGAAACAGCCCAGAACACAAGGCCUCACUGGAUUCUCUGUCGCACUGGUUUCCACACUCGGACGUUUAGUGCGCCUCCUCAAACAGACUGAUGAGGGAGUUCAGAAAGAGGCUCAGGAAAGGAGGAGACUAGAGGAGGAGCUGAGAGAGCAGCGGGGGCUGAUUGAUGCUCUCACUGCAGAGACCAUGACUCUGAGAGAAGAGGCUGCCGCUCUGCAGGCAGGGCUGCAGCAGCGGACCACAGAGCUGGAGCAGAAGUUGGACAAAGUGGUGUUGGUGAUUGGGGGACUGGGACUACAGGAGGCACACACUGGCCCACCCCUAGUCUCUGAUGUCAAAGCUGCAGUUUGUCAGUCUACACCUGCUCCUGAGCGAGUUCCUGAGCGAAUACAAGCCUCUGUUUCUCCUGCCGUCCUGCUCUCCCCGCCUCAACAGAGAGACAACUGGCAACAUAUUCCUGUGACUCAUCCUGUAUCAUUGCACCAGCACCUUCCUCCUGUAAAUAACCUCCGGUCUUGUGAAAACCUCCAGGCCCAGAGCUCAGCCUCUAGCCUCACCAGCUUCCCUCUCACCAGCCUUCCCUCCACCUCCUCAUUAUCAAUGACAUCUGACCCUCUCAGCUCACAGCUCCCACCAGAGGCCAUGCUGGCUGAGAUCGCUCAGCUGAGCAGACAGAACGACCUGAUCAGGUCCCAGCUUAGCCAGUCUAAGAGCCUCGGGUCAGGGAUCGGAGGAUCGCCUAACAGUAGCAGCGAGCAGAGAAGAUUGAGCUCUAGCAGUGAUGGAAGAAUUACAGCUCAGAGUGUUGGAGAGAGGAGGAUAUCAGGGUCCAGCUGCACAGGGAGACAGAGCGAGAACAUCCAAGUCACUGAUGGACACAAAGCAACAUCUCCUAACGCCCUCAGUGUAAGCAGUGUGCAACAGCGCCUCCUAGAGCUAAACAGGCAGAGUGCAGCAGCCAGGUGUCGACUCUUGGAGCUUAUUGAGCAACAGAAACAGAGUGUUUCAUCGAAAGUUUCUCCCUCUGUUUCCCCCAUCCCUACUUCUCCCUUGAGCGCACAUAUAGCAGUUGGAGGAGGAAGUCCAGGGGUGUCCAUGCUGCCACCUGCACAGGAGCUUCUGUCACAGGCUGGUGGUGCUGACAGACGAUCUGCUGGUUCUGAAGUGUCUUCUCACACUUUUGGAGGAGAAAUCAGGGAUGGCAAAUCACAGCAGAUGGAGAAGCAGAGAGGACGAGAAGGGAGGUUUGCCUUGUCUGCUCACGUGAGAUGACAAGAAGAACAUUUUAUUUUAUUAAAACCUGUUUUUUAGUAUUUUAUCUAUGCGUUUAAUGACUGAAUUAAAU